CAAGCUUCCUCGUCUGCCGACGCAAAAAAAAAGGAGGAUACCUUCUUGCAUGAGGUGUGCGUGGAUGUUCAAGAGAAUGCGAACACAGCUGUUCAGAUGCUCAAUGACAUACUUGACUAUGACAAGGUUGAAUCCUCUACGUUGAAGCUGGAGCUCGACAAUGUGCCCAUUUGGACUUUGAUCAGCAAGACGAUUCAGCAAUUUCAGGUUCAAGCCUUGGGGUCUCACGUUGCAUUAAGGCUGAAACAAGAUGAUUCAAGAGGGAGACCAAAGAGCCUUAACGGCGAAGCUCACCUUGGAAGGCCUCGAUCGGGUUCACUACGCGACUUUGAAAGUGGAGUUCAUUGUGCUGCCGAGUUGGAGGCCACGACCGUCAUUGGCGACGGGACAAAGUUGGGACAAGUAUUCAGAAACAUCAUCUCCAAUGCCCUUAAGUUCACACCACCGGAUGGUACAAUCAACGUCAGGGCUAUCCAUGUGCGCGACGGCCUCCCCUCCUACCAGCUUCCGUCCUCAUACAAUCCAACAGAUUAUGAAUCCCAACAGCCUAGACGUGCCGGAUCCAUCCGGAUCCAGUUCAAGGACAGUGGUGUGGGCAUGACCAGGGAGCAACUGGGCAAGCUCUUCAACGAAGGCAUUCAGUUCGAUGUGAAUCGAUUGCAAAAUGGUGGUGGCAGUGGCUUAGGCCUCGUCAUUUCAAAGGGUAUCGUCGAGCAGCACGGUGGAACUGUUUCAGUCACCUCAGGUGGAAUUGGGCACGGCACCACAUUCACGGUUGAACUUCCGCUCUUUCAUCUUCCUUCUGAGCCAAGCAAAACGAUGGAUGACAGCACGGCUGCAUCUAUCGUGUCUGUCGAGGAGCCGCCUGAACCCACUGAACGUCGAGUGCUUGUCGUCGACGAUGUCAUGUCCAAUCGAAAGAUGUUAGUGCGCCUACUCGAGCGAGCUGGUCAUACUUGUGACACUGCCACCAAUGGAGAAGCAGCCAUUCGAGCGGUUGAGGGCGAUAUUGGGGCCGUCAUAGAGGACCGCAACCACGUUCCCUUUGAUUGCAUUCUCAUGGACUAUGAGAUGCCUAUCAUGAAUGGUCCUGAUGCUACGGAGAGAAUCCGAGAUCUUGGCUUCGGAGGUCUUAUCUUGGGCGUUACGGGUAACGUUUUGGCAGAAGACACCGACCACUUCCUCUCCAAAGGAGCUGAUGAGAUCAUCGCCAAACCAGUCAAAAUUGCAAAGUUGCAAGAAUCUUGGGAAAGGCUCACACCCUCUCGAAAACGAAAAUGGUCAGAAUCCAAGGACGGAAACGUGGACUCGCAACAGCAGAGACUAUUUGAUGUCUAA